AUGAGUGAUAGCUUAUUUAGUUCUCCUGCUAAAAGCUUAGGAGAUAGAAGUGUGGGUGAUCCAAAUUCUCUAACGGAUUCUGAAAUCACAGAAUCCGAAUCUGAAGUGUUUGAAUUGACAUCUGAAGUACCUGGAAUUCCAGAUCAGACCGUUGUUGAUGGUUGGGUUAAAUUUAGAGACAAUAAAAGGCCGAGGAGCAUGCAGUAA